AGCAGCCAGUUCCAUAGCUCUUCACAUACACAUACACGGCAAGUAAUCCCCAGAAAACGUGUUAUUCAGCCAUCUUGUUCUAUAUAAAAAUUAUCGGAAAUCUGAUUAAUUUAUAUAACGUUCUUAUUCGAACGAAACGAGAAUUUGUUCUUAAUUAAAUUAUCGCUGAAGUAUAAAAUAAUUAUUAACAAUGUCAGGCGGUUUGAAUAAUUUCUAAAGUUAAAAAGACAUUUGAGAAAAAUUAAACGGGAUAUCUAGUAUCCCUGAAUCUUGGGAUAUUUUGUGGCCAUUACUCACGCUUGUCCCUGCACAGCAGUUUCACGAGACUUUUCGCUCGUGGUCUCGUUUAGUGUGUCUAGUGUUAUAAGAAUAUAACUAAAAAUUCGAAAACGUAAACGAGAGUUGUUACACCAAGUAGUUCUUCAUUUCAAUUAAAAAAAAUAAACAAUUGAAAAUCAUGGAAGGCUCAAACGCCUCGGACGGUAGUCGAGGAAGCUCGCCCAACGUUUCAAUAACCAACAAAAGUUUUGAAGAUGAUGGCAUUAUUUACACACCGACAGGUAAAGUAAGCAAAGCAAAAACUAGGGUUUAUACGCAACGUUAUCGCAAGGAAUGGGAGUGCAUGACUGAUUUCAAAGAUUGGCUUACUUCUGUACCAAAUGAAGCUACCAAAGCCUGGUGUAAAUACUGUGAAAGGAGUUUACAUGCUCAUAGAUUAUCAUUGUUAAAACACAUGUGCACAUUGAAACAUCAAAAAGCAGCUAAAAAACGAGAAAGAGAUACUGAAAAGGAAGAUCUGCAAGAAGUAGAAUUAGUUAUGAAAAAAGUUGAAAGUAAACAACAAGUUUUAGAAGAUGAUGAGGAGAUGGUAGAAGAUAUUAGUUACGAACAACUCGAAGAACAAAGUGAUGAAGAGAUCAAUCAAGACAUUUCAAUGAUUGACAUGGAUGAAAUCGAUGUAAAACCGAUUCAAAUAGAAAACCAAACAGUUGAAGAUGAUGUUACUCAAAAUGUAUCAAUUGAUUUAUCUGCAGAUGAAAAUGUUAAUAGUUCAGAAUUACAAGUAGUUUUAGGUGAAACAGAGGAUGAAGAUGGAGUUAAAACCUAUCAAGUUAUUAAAUGUCCAGAUGUGGCAAGCUUACAGCAACAAAUAUUAGCCAAUAAAAUUAUUAUAACUAAACUAGAUGCUAAUGGCCAAGCAACUCUUGCUACAUGUGAUGAUGAUAGUGAAAUUCUCUCGGAAUCGCAAACUCUCACAGAAGUACAAACUCCUCCUGCUCCAAAAAAAGUUUUAUAUAUGGCUCCUUCUUUAGCAAGAAUGGAUCGAACAAAACAAAUUAAAAAAAUAAACACAAUCAAAAGUGAUCCAGCAAUAUUGAGAAGUUCAAGACUCGAUAAUAAAAAAGUAAAUUUAGUCUCUAUUGAUAAUUCCAAAACGAAGCCAAUUGUCAUCCUCAAUACUAUGUCAUCUGUUAAAAAUAUUUUAAUAAAAAAACAACCCACAAUUAGUACUAGAGUCAUUGAUGGUUGUGAUGGGUUGCCAUGUAUUGGACUACAAGUUAGUCUUUAUAAAUUGUUCAAUGGAAGAUGGACUUUUAUGAGUGAAAGUGUAACCAAUUCAAACGGUACAUGCCAAGAUCUCUCUCAGAGUUCAAAAAGUUCAAUCUCAGCUGGUAGAUAUAAGCUUCAUUAUGAUGUGGAGAAGUAUUAUAGCACAAAAAAACGUGCAACAGCUUUUCCUUUUAUGGAAAUUCCUUUUGAUGUGAAGGAUCCACAGGGGAUUUACGACACAAAAAUUACUCUUACUCCGUUUACCUUCAUUUGCCACAGAGAACAGUAAAUUCAAAAUUGAAAUUGAAGAAAUUGAAAAAGUUUUUUAAUUAUAUUAAUUUUUAAAAUAAAUAUUUUAUUAAGUUAGUUUAAACUUAGUAUUUUUUGUGUAUGAUAUUUAAGAUUUUAGUUAUUGAAAUGCGCGUUUUAGAAAUAUGUAUAAUAUUAAAUAUCUAUAUUUACUUUAGAUAAGUAACUUUUGAAUACUUAAGUUGGUAAAUGCAAUGUUCAUGUAAGUGGUUAUGCUGUCAUACUUUUUUCCCUCUGUUAAUAUGUAAAUUAUAUGAGUGUGAGUAUGCUCGUCAUAAAUUG